AUGACCACGCAGCAGCUGGCGUGUCGAGAACAUUUGAUGACGGGCGACUUAGAUGCGGACAUGGGAGGGGAAUACGUAGAAGGAACGCGUCAGGAUGUGUUACGAGUCACCUUAUGGCUUGAGAGUAAUACUCAUCCGCUGGUGUGCCUGCUUCAGGGAACGGCUGGUACUGGUCAGACUCCCACAGCGAAUAGUAUCGCACGGAUCACUUCAAAUCCAGACCGCCAUGUCCUAGGUAGCACCUCCUUUUGCUGUCGAAAAGAGGCGCACCGGAAGAAUAUUCGUUGCAUCACCCCUUCCAUCGCCUUCGAGCUCGCGACAUCAGUCAGACAUAUGGACGACAAUUGUUGA